AAGAAGUAUGAAAAGUGAAAAAGAAAAAAAAUAAGUUAGAACAUAUAUAGCUAAACGGACAAAUUGAUAGUAACUUCGUAGUGAUAUCCGCACACAAACCUUAUACAAAUUUAAGCUAACAAGAAUAUAUUUUGAAAGCACACCUAUAUAUCUAAGUUGCUUAGAAUUUUCAUUUUCCUUCUGAUUUGUAAGAGAACAGAAAAAAUGAAAACUUCACAUUGUUUUCUUCGUUGUCAUGGCUUAAUCAUUUUGCUUCUUGUUAUGUUUCUUUCAUCGGUUUCUAAUCUUGCAACAAAAAUCAACGGUUCUUUUGAUGCAAGAGGCACUAAAAUCGACAGUGAUCCGAAACAUAUCUCCAAUUCAAAAGGUGGAGGAUCUCCUCCACAGGGCAAAGAAUAUCCUCUAUGCGGGUUAAAUAACCCGUCUGAGGAUGGUAUCAUAUAUGCACCUUUUUGCGAUAAAGGAUAUGUUUUUUCUCAGAUCAAAUUCGCUGACUAUGGUCAGCCCAGUGGUUCAUCAUGUGAAACGCUUAAACGUGGAAACUGCGGCGCGCCCGCUACUUUGAGACUCGUCAAAGAGAAUUGUCUUGGAAAAGAACGGUGUAGGAUUUAUAUUACAGACGAGAUGUUUGGACCGACGCAUUGUAAAGGACCUGUUAACUUCGUUUUUUCUGCUAUUUGUAAAAAAACCUAAUUAAGCUUACUUAUUUCCUACGUUAAGGGAAAAUGAUUCUUACAAUUUUCCUCAAUUUAUUGUUUUAAUGCAGCGCAUCUUUAUGUUGUUGAUUUACGUAAUCCACCGAAUUAGGCUUUUGUUUCCUAAUUAAGUUUUUUAAAAAAAGUUUUUUUUUUUUUUUGGUAAAAGGUUAGGUUUUUAAAAAAAGUUUAUUCACGAAUUCAAAUCUCUUCUUCUGUGGUUGUUUAAUGUUAGAUCUUUUCGUUGUAUGUUGAGCUGUGGAGCUUAAUUAAAGGCAUGACGAUAUCUUUUACCGCA